AUGACUCAUAUUUCAUCUGUGAAGAAGGAUUUUGAUUUUACAGGUAUAUUUCCGAAAUGUAGAACAGAAUAUAUAGCUGCUACAGUUGUUGACAAUAAUGCAUUUUAUAGUGAAUGCAGUAAUAUAAGUAGAGAAGAAGGAAUUAAAGAUUAUUAUUAUAUUAAUUUUUGCUCAAAACUUAGUAACUAUUUAAAUCAUAUAAAAAAUAAAUCAGAUGAAACUGAUAUAAAAAGAAGUUGUAAAUAUCUCAAUUAUAAGAUAAAGGAUGAACUAAAAAAAUUAAAACCUUAUUGCAAUUCUGAAAAGGAAUGUUAUAAAAAAAUUGUAAAUUCUUUCAAAGUACGUAAAAAUCUUGAAUUUGAUAAAUGCGAGGAAUAUAUUGAAAAUCUUGAUGAAGGUACAUUUUAUGUAUUGGUUUAUCUGAAUGACUUAUAUGGCGAACUGGAAAAUUUUGAACAAAAUAAAGAUAUGUCUUUAUUUGGAAGCAUAAUUUUGAGUACAUAUAGUAGACUCUCAAGAAUAUGUGAACAAAGUGAUAAUGAAUCUUUUCGUGUGUUGUUAGAAGAUUUUAAAUUAAAUAAUAAUGUAAUUGAGAAAGAUAUAACAGUAUGUCCUAAAUUUAAUACGUUUUUACAUAAUUCUAGUAGGAAAAGACCAAGAAUAGUUGUAUUAGCUUCGUUUAUUACAACUUUUACAAUAUUGAUAAUUGCAUUUAUCCUACAUAAAUAUACACCUUUUUUUAUAUAUUUACAAGUAUGUAUUAGAAAAUUAAGGAGCGUAUGGAGCAAAAAAAAUAAUGAAAGCACGAAUAUAAUAAAUAUACAUCAAGGAGAAUACAAAAUAUUUUCUGAAGAAGUGCAUCGAAUAACAUAUGGUUCAUUAUUCUAA